GCAGCUCCUACUUCCUCAUCGGGGGUGAGCGCCGAACUGCUGUCAAGUCCAGGGAAGUUUUUUUUUGUCCUUGCUUUAAUUGCGCUUUAAGUGCGUUCUAUUACAUUCUACUUUAAUCAUCACAAAUGUCCAAGCCUCCCCCAAAGCCGGCCAAGCCUGGCCAAGUCAAGGUGUUCAGAGCCGAGUACACCUUUGACCCUAGAACGCCAGACGAGCUUUACUUUGAAGAAGGAGACAUACUCUACAUCUCUGACACAAGUGACGGUAGCUGGUGGAAAGGAACAUGCAGAGGGAGGACGGGACUUAUUCCACGCAAUUAUGUGACGGAGCAGGCAGAAUGUAUCCACCAUCCCAUGCAAGAGGCUGCUAAACGAGGGAAUCUUAGCUGGCUGAGGGAAUGUUUGGAGAACAAGGUGGGAAUCAAUGGCUUGGACAAGGCGGGAAACACUGCCCUCUACUGGGGAUGUCACGGAGGCCAUAAAGAUGUGGUGGAGGUGCUACUCAACCAGCCCAACGUUGAGUUCAACCAGCAGAAUAAGCUCGGAGACACUCCCCUGCAUGCUGCUGCCUGGAAGGGUUAUUCUGACAUUGUAGAGAUGUUACUGAACAAGAACGCGCGGACAGACAUCAAGAACAACGAGAACAAGCUGGCUGUGGAAAUGGCCACUAACGACCUCUGUGCCACGCUUCUCAAGAAGAAGCUGGCAAGCUCUCUCACUCGCACGCAAAGCAACGCUGACGAGUAUUUGGACGACGAGGACUCGGACUGAAGAGCCUGCAGAGGUUUUAUCACAGACUUCAGUUGGACCUUGUUGCCCUCUUGGGUUUGUUACUGUAACUAUGUGAAUCUUUUGUCUUAACGCAUCGCAGCAGUGCAAACAAAAAUGUCUCUAGGGGACCAAACGUCAUAUUCCCCCCAGUCGGUGUGCUGCACCUUUUCUUUGAUUUGUGUGUAACUUCCUUAUCCAAAAAUCUGCAUAGUCAUGAAACAUUUCCACUGUCUAUCUUGCAUUACUUUCUGCCUUAUAAAAACCUCAUCUGAAAUACCUUGGGUGGCUUUAAUUGCAUCCUGGAAGGAACUUCUUGCUGCUUUAUGAACUAACAUAUUAUGCAAAUGUUUGGAGGGGAAAGUGCCUUAUGUAUGUAAAACUGUCUUGUCGUUUGUUUUGUUUGUUGCAAGUGUAACGUUUCUUUCCUUAACAUUCAAAUAAACGUGUUCUUUCUA